GUGAGUCAAUUUUUGUUGUUGUUGCUAGUUUUGUUGACUGUGACGUGCCAACCUAGCCACCCUGACGUGACAGUUACCAUCUUUACCGGGGUGCGAGGAUCCUUUGAUACGCACACCGAUGAGAUAUGAAACGAGAAGAGAAGAUCAAUUGGCCGAGCCCAGCGCACUGGUUGUGAAAAGCGUCUCUGAAGGAAAUAAAUUGGUCAAGCUGUAGCACCGUGUGAAGCAGUUACAGGUAAGAUGAGUACUGUACUAUUGAACUGCUCUUAAUUGUUAACUUAUAGACAUGAGAUCGUACAAAUUUAUUGCUAGCUGACCGUAUCGUUUUAGAAAAAAAAAGAAGAAUAUGAUCGCCCUUAGAAAAUUCGUAUUUUACAUUUGUAACAUCGAAACACAAAUCUAGUUUGCAACUCUGAAAAAAAUGAUCUAAUUUCUUAAGUACCUCACAAUCCCGUUUGUUAUUAUGCAUAGUAAAUCGACUUUCCUGCGUUAUAGCCUGUGUGUUGACCUAUAUUUGUGCACAACAAGCCGUGGCAUAAACCUUACGCUACCCCCGCCUUUUUUGUGUUAUACAUUGAAAUCACCGGUGAAAUGUGUGGCGCUCUACCAUUACCAUUUUCUCCCUCGAUUGGGAAAUGGUUGUUCACGUUCGAAUUAGUUCUAAAUGGAUUGAGAGAAUAAGCUGGGGUUACGCAAUUUCUAGAAUUCCUUUUUCCGGGAGGAUUCUAACGCCCUCCCUAUAAAUAAGCCGACAACGUGCCAGCCACAAGCGAUCAGCUAGAUUUCCUAGACAUGCGGCUUACGAGACUUAAGAUACUUACAGAAGCUUAAUUUUUUUAAAACUCCGUGUGUCUGUAUAUGUUAAUAUUUAUUGUAUCUUUCUGGAAUUAUACUUUUUCACUUACUGUGCUGUAAGUCAGUAUAGUUUUUAUUUGUUGUAUAUUUAAUAUUUGUAUUUUUAUAUAAACUUAAUAAUACAAUUACAUUAAACAAUGUUAAUAUCACUAGCUUUGGUGUCGUUUUUCUCUGCAUACUGGUUUUCUGCCCUUUUCUAUUUUUCAUCUAAUGAGACAAAUCUGUUUUUUUUUAAAAAAUAAUUACAAAACCAUGUAGCGUACGUAAUUACAUCGUCGUUGAUUUGAUCAACGAUACAUACGUUUUUCCACCAUCUUUGAGUUUCAGCCAGCGCUUUGAACAUCUUAACAUGCUGAUGGAAUCCUUCCGCCUCCGUGAAGCGAUCGUGUAGCUCCUGUAUCAUCGGCAUGUUCUCGCGGGAAUUAUGGCGCCAAUCCCGGUGUAACAGUCUCAACUGUAAUUCUCGCCGGUGAACUUGGACUGCUGGUCUGCUUUGGUCUUCUUUAACACCCUUCUUGAUGUUACGUGGCUUCGUUCCCAGCAGCCUCUGCCUGUCGGAUAUCCCGCAGCCUCUGCCUGUCGGAUAUCCCGCAGCCUCUGCCUGUCGGAUAUCCCGCAGCCUCUGCCUGUCGGAUAUCCCGCAAUCUCUGCCUGUCGGAUAUCCCGCAACCUCUGCCUGUCAUAUAUCCGUGUCCAAUCCAUUUCGCCAACCGGAACUGUGAUAAGGCGAUUAUCUUGCAUUCUCUAAUUUCGAUGUUGGCUUCGGCAGAUCCUCCGGAAAACGGUAUCCCUCAACUCACUUGGCCUGCCAUAACCAGCGAACGUGCCUUUAAUAAAGCGUUGAGCGCUUUUUCCUUUCCAUCGAAUGCACAGAAUGUGCUGCAGGCAUAGUAGGUGGAAGCUGUUGCGUUUCCACUGGUGAGUGGCGUACCGAGCACGCCUGCAAGAGGAGCGUACCAAGCAAGCCUGCAAGAGGAGCGUACCGAACACGCCUGCAAGAGGAGCGUACCGAGCACGCCUGCAAGAGGAGUGUACCGAGCACGCCUGCAAGAGGAGCGUACCGAGCACGCCUGCAAGAGGAGUGUACCGAGCACGCCUGCAAUAGGAGCGUACCGAGAACGCCUGCAAUAGGAGCGUACCGAGCACGCCUGCAAGUUACACGUUCAAUUCAGUGUUCAUUAACUUUAGAGAUGUUCAACAUGCGCUCGUUCAAUUUGGACAUAGUUUCUGCUGCUUUUGCGAGCUAUAGAGAUAUUAGAACCAGAGAAUGUCAAGUUUUUUACCUCCGGGAAAGUUAUGGCCCUCAACCGUCAUGCUUGGAAAGGACUGUGUUCCUUGCGCCACGACUUUAUCGUUUUAUCUUGACCGAUGGUCAGUCUUAACUCAUUUCAAGCGUGGGAGGCCUACCGAAAAUAGAUAAAUCCUUCAUAAUCAGAAUUAUUUACCGAUAUCUCACCGCUUAUGACCGGGCUACAUCGCACCACUACAAUAAGCAUUAUAUUUUCUGAAAAUGCUUCCAAUGGAUUAGAUAUUUUUACCUGUAUAUAAUUUAUGUUUUAUUACGCAUAAAUAUUAAAUAAUUUUUGUAAUCGUUUCCUAUCUUCAAAUUUGCAUAAAUUAAAAAAAUGCAAAAAAAUGCACUUGGCGAGUUUUGAAUUGAAAGAUCUAUUUUUUUAACUUUAAAAAAAAACAAAAAAAAAACAACAAACAUUUGGGUUAAUUGAUUAAUUCUAGUCAUAUCAUACAUGACCUGAAAUCGGCUAUUCAAACUUGUUUUUUUUUAAGGUACCAAUUUUGUUCAAAUAUUUCAAGUAGCCAUGUAAAAUUCGCGGCUUUAUCAUUGUCCAGACUGGUAGUGACCGAGAGAAAUGAAGCCCACGUUACGUUGUAGAAAUGUCAACGUUUCACUGAUACUCCCCAUGAUCGCCCUCAUGGGCCUGGUCUAUCACAUCACCAGGGACAGAGACGAGACCGUUCUUGUCAUGGGUCAAGAACGUGUUCCUGAUACAGUGGAAAUGGAAGUGCGUGCUGCAGAGGUGAGGAGACGACAGCGGAGAAUAUAAGCCUGACAUUUUAACAGAAACUCAUUUACAUUUUGUGACAUUGAAAGUAUGAUAGAUCUCUCUCUCUCUCUCUCUCUCUCUCUCUCUCUCUCUCUCUCUCUCUCUUUCUCUUUAAAGAGGUAAAAUCAAAAUUAUUGUAUGGUUGAAAUUGAGUCUGAGAGAUAGAGGUAAAGAACACCACCAUCGGAACAUGGGUGCGAUCACCACUAGCAGAGCAAGAGCUAAGUGACGUAUAAAAAAUGGUGGUCAUAACACUUUAGUAUCGGAACGAUUAGAUUCCAAUCAACUUGUCUGAUCUUUUAAUGAACGAAGGACUUCGUUCAAGCUGUGUGAAGGAAAUGGUGGAACAAGGUAUGUGGAAGCUUCACAUACAAAGACAGGACAAUAAAAGGAGAACUUUUCGGCCAAGAGCCUUCCUCAGCAGACAGUACAAUAAAGAAAAUAUCAACAGAAACGCCCUUCUUGUACUGUCCCGUCUCUCUAUUUCAAGCUUCAAUUUAACCUUGUUCUUUCUAUUUUCUUAUCUUUUACCAAACAAAUAAAAGCGAAAUUUAAAAACAACUUAAAUCUUCUGAAUAUUGCGUCUUCCCAAUGGAAAUUAACCAAAUUGUAAUUUGAAUAUCUAAAUUUACGCAAGGACACCAGGGAGCUACACUUGGAUGUCAAUAUUGUUCCUUCCUUGCCCAACCCCGAGCUGGCACAACCCUACGAUGAGUGCAUGCUCCUGCCAGAGUCACCAAGACCUGGCGUUCACAUAUGUCCGCAUCCGAUGGCCAAUGAUUCCACGAUCUCCAAAGUGCUGAAAGUAAGUCGUUUGCAACAUUGGUCAGUUUUCCUCAUUUCCUUUUUGCUUAUUUAAGUGCGAGUGUUAUGACAAAUUGUGUGGGCCUAAUUUUAUCCCGCCUCCACUUGUCCCCCCCCCCCCCACUAGUUUUGUUUUGAUAUAGACGUCACCGAUUAAAUCUGCUGUGACACUCCUUUUACCCACCCCUCCCUUAAUUGGGAAAAGGUUUACUUUCGAUUACGUUUCAUUUGUUCUAAAGAAUGCUAUCUGGUGACGCGAUUUCUAGCAUUUCUUUUCCUGGAUGGUUCUUAUUUAAUCUUUGUAUAUAGGCCGGCAGCUUUCCUAGUCUGGGUGGGACCGGGGGGAAAGAGGGGGGGGGGCUAGGAAAGCUUGGGAAAAAACCGCAACAAUUCGUUUUUACUGUUCUUCAAGGGAAGAUACAAAGAAAUUCCCGAUUAUUGUGCUAAGUGAGAUUUAAAAAAAAAAAAAUUCGCAUGUGCUUUUGGUGCGUAACUUUUUUUUUUUUUUGAAAAAGUUGGUGAAAUUAAUUUGCUGUUUAAUAGAGGGUGGGUCCUUAGAAUAUAAAUAUAGUUCGGGGGAAUUAUUGUGCUAAGUGAGAUUUAAAAAAAAAAAAAUUCGCAUGUGCUUUUGGUGCGUAACUUUUUUUUUUUUCUGAAACAGUUGGUGAAAUUAAUUUGCUGUUUAAUAGAGGGUGGGUCCUUAGAAUAUAAAUAUAGUUCAGGGGCGUGAAGGAAAUGCGAGAUUGCGAGAAUUUAGGCCGGGGUGGGGGGGGAAGAGGGGAAGUGAGCACUUAUUGGGUUUCUUAUUAAAUGCGUUACUCUUAUGCACGUUUUAAAAAAAAAAACUUUUUAUCAGCACCAGCGCCCUCUCAUCGAUUUUAUAACGGAUUGAUACGAAGACUGUGUUUUUAAGAAAUGUUUCAUUGUAAGACUUGGCAUUUUUGCCCGGUGUAAAACAACUGCAGUCGGUUCAGGGCUAGUAUUUAAUAAUUAGUAUGAUACUACUCGAGCAUUUCAAUAAGAAAUGAAUAUGUGACUUACUUUAUAAUAUACAGCUAUAUUAUUUUAUUUUACAAGUAAGUGUUUUUUUUUUCUUUCUGUCUUCAAGGAAAAUGAAUUAUGGGAAAAGAAGCUAAUCUACGCCAUGGACGAAGUUCUCAAGGUAAACAAUUUUUUUUUUUUAUCAGGCUGUUUAGUUUAUGUGAACCGUGGCGGCAAUUUUCGUAAAUAGGGCCGUCUCCAUGGUUGAAUUGCGAUUUAGUAAAAAAAAUAUUUUGAAAGGAUUCCAUGACUUCUACGGCCGUCAGUUUUAAGAUCAGAAUGUAUUUAGUUGUGAAGACGUCGCGACAAGAUAACGAGACAGGGCGUCACGGAGGAUAAGAGACAGGGCGUCACGGAGGAUAAGAGACAGGGCGUCACGGAGGAUAAGAGACAGGGCGUCACGGAGGAUAAGCGCAAACAUCGAACAUCGUUCGGCAAGGAACAAAAACAACAACAACAACACAAAACAACAACAACACGCAUUCUUCUUCAUGUCGAACAGUCAUCACAUUCAACUACUCCGCCCCUCUAUCAUAGCUGCCCCCCCCCCUUUCUAGCUCUCGGUUCAAAGGUUACCGUUUGAGCACCCUUGAGUUGCUUCUUCUUUCUUCCUUGAAGCUGUGGCCUGCUGUCCAGCAGAUCAAACGCUUGAUGGUUUAUCAGGACCAGCCAUUCAUCCCCCUCGCUUCCCCACCCACAAUACUUUUUUUGCUGCUUGUUUUAUGGGCAGUGGGUGGUCGCAUCGCGGCCCUCGGUCCACGUGAGGCCCGCCACGUCAAAUAUUGCGGUCCGCAGAAUCCUGACUUGUGACCUCGAAGACCAACUUCUUCGUUCUUAAAAAACUAUUUUGAAACGUUUAGUGAGAGAACCGAUCAAUGUCCUGUCUGUGUUCUAUUUCUUAUGUGGUCUAUUUUUACAUUUCAUCAUAUGCAUUAAGAAUAGAAAAAUAAUUCUAUAAAGCAUUUAGGGCAGUGGUUCUCAACCUUCCUAUUGCGGCGACCCUUUAAUACAGUUCCUCAAAUUGUGGUGACCCCCCUCCCCCCCGCAACCAUGCAAUUAUUUUCGUUGCUACUUCACAAAUAUGUGUUUUCCAAUGGUCUUAGACGACCCCUGUGAAAGGGUCGUUCGACCCCUAAAGGGGGUUACGACCCCCAGGUUGAGAACCGCUGAUUUUAGAGGGUGUUAAUUUUAAUAGUUGUUGUAAAGACAUGUGGCCAGCAAAAGGUUUACCUGCUAUCAAAGUGGCUAUUUUGGUCAACCACCGCUUUUAUAUAGCUUUCAUCCCAACCCAAUUCCUUAAUUGAUUUUUUUUUUUUUUUGCGCAUUAAAAAACGAUCAGUUACACAAUUUUAGAUCUAUAUGAACCUGCGAAGCCAAUGAUUUGAUCAAAGUUUGGUCCAACUACGAGAUCUGAAGCCCCACUAUAGAUUUAAAUAUCACACACCUGAUUUUUAGUGGAGGACAAUAUUGAUUGACGUGUAACUGUAUUGCCCCCGUACAGCAAGACGAGAGCCUGAUGCUGUUUGAUGUCGGCUGCAACAUCGGCGAGUACACCCUCUGGGCGGCGGCGCUAGGCCGGACAGUGGUCAGUGUCGAGAUGCUGAUGGAGAACGUGCUGCGCCUGCAGAUGGCGCUCAAACUCAGCGGCCUGGGCGACCAGGUGACUAUCGUCAACAACCCCCUCUACAGCGACCACCGGACGUUGUCUAUAACGUUCAUGCGGUAAAUACCACCCCCCCCCUUCUUCUCUCUUAUAACAUCAUCAACAGUUGGUCUGUUAAAAACUCAAAGCCACUCAACGAUAAAGAAAUUAUCGAAAUAAAUAAUGGGAAAACCUGGAGAGAAAAAAAAAAGAAUGCAACAAAAUAGCGAACGUGUCGGCAAAAGGCCUUCAUUGGCGAACAAACAAAAGUAAAAAUAGAAUUAAAUAAAAAUAACACUUAAAUUGUAUUUUAUUUUAUAUUAAAUCUGUUAUUAGUUAAAUAAUACGCUUGGAUAUUGGCUUGUAUCUUAUAUCUUCCAACACUGGCUUGUAUCUUAUAUCUUCCAACACUGGCUUGUAUCUUCUAUCUCCCAACACUGGCUUGUAACUUCUAUCUCCCAACACUGGCUUGUAACUUCUAUCUCCCAACACUGGCUUGUAACUUCUAUCUCCCAACACUGGCUUGUAACUUCUAUCUCCCAACACUGGCUUGUAUCUUCUAUCUUCCAACACUGGCUUGUAUCUUCUAUCUUCCAACACUGGCUUGUAUCUUCUAUCUUCCAACACUGGCUUGUAUCUUCUAUCUUCCAACACUGGCUUGUAUCUUCUAUCUUCCAACACUGGCUGGUAUCUUCUAUCUUCCAACACUGGCUUGUAUCUUCUAUCUUCCAACACUGGCUUGUAUCUUCUAUCUUCCAACACUGGCUUGUAUCUUCUAUCUUCCAACACUGGCUGGUAUCUUCUAUCUUUCAACACUGGCUUGUAUCUUAUAUCUUCAACCACUGGCUUGUAUCUUAUAUCUCCCAACUCUGGCUUGUAUCUUAAAUUUUCCACCAUAGACUUAUAUCUUAUAGUUUCCAACAUUGCCUUUUAUCUUUCAGCCACCACCUCGGUGCCAGCCGCCUCAACGUCUCCAAACCUUUUGACGUAAGCCACGAGGACAAGACGAGAACCCUCGAGCUGAGGACCAUCUGCAUAGACGACCUGACGCCCCUGAUGAGAGGCCGGAACGUGUACCUGAAAAUGGACAUCGAGAACACGGAGCAGCACGCGCUCGUGUGUGCACACAAGUUCUUCCACGAGGUCAACGUCCGGGUCGUCCAGAUGGAGUGGCACAGGCGCGUCCCCGAGGAGAGCGAGCCCAUCCUGAACUUCAUGGCCGCCCACGGAUACGUUGCCUCGUUCAAGGGAAAGGAGUACUCGCCCGUGGACCUGAGGAAGAGCAUGGGCAAUAUUGACGUGUUCUUCUUAAAGAAAUCUUUGUUUCAGGCAACCGGCUAGAACUGAUCUCAUACCAUUGAAUGCUUUAAAAUAACGCUGAAGAAAUGCACGGUCAUUUACUAACGUACAACGCAAAAAUAAUUAAGUUUUAUAAACAAAAGUGUAUGGAAGAUGUUAGUGGAAACGUAUUUUAAAAGGACAGCUUUCUCCAUCGUUUGGAGAGUAUUGAACCGUGACCAGCAUCCACGGAAUACAAUUUUAAUCUCUAUUCCUUUGCAUUCCAUCAUGACGAUACAUUUAUCAGCAUACUUACAGUGUAUAAAGACGAUUUCGUUGUACGUGGUUUAAAUCUUAUUAACAUACUUAAUAACUCGAACAAUAUGUCAUGUACGUCAUGCUUAGGUGUGCAAAUGUUUCUGUGUGUGUUUCUUUAGCGACUCUCUUUUGUUUGUUUUUGUUUUUGUUUUUGGAAAGCGAUCUCAUCUCACAGAAUUCGACCCGAAAAUAACUAUAGAGCAUGGAAUCUUUUGGUGUUUUUUGUCGUUUUUAUCAAUGAUAAUGUACUACUACAAAAAAAUUCUUGCUACCACUAGUGCCGUAUUAAAUAAGACGCCCCUUGCUACCAGGCCUUUUAAAAAUUUCCUUCAUAUCUCGAGAGAAUGCAUUCAAUGUAGUUAUACGAUUUGAGCGCACGAGAGAUAAUCGGAAAAUUUCUUUUAAUCUAUUAUAUUUUCUUAUUAGUAUAAUUUUUAACUAUU